UGGGGUCACUAGUUUUCUGUAUAAUUCCCGCUUUACUUUGGGACGAUCAUCUAGCUAUGGGAUCAAAGGCGAGGAGCAGAUCAUGCAGGAUCUAGUAGACAACGGCCCCGUGACUGCUGUAUUUACCGUCUACAGCGACUUUGUGUCCUACAAAUCAGGUGUUUAUAAGCACACAAGUGGGAAGGCGUUGGCUGGGCACGCAGUGAAAAUCCUGGGAUAUGGUGUGGAAAAUGGAGAGAAAUACUGGCUGGUGGCAAACUCGUGGAAUGAAGACUGGGGUGAUAACGGAUACUUCAAGAUACUGAGAGGUAGCAAUGAGUGCUUGAUUGAAGACAGGGUCGUUGCUGGCGAACCUCAAAUUUGA